AUGACUAUCACUCAUUUUUCCGAAUUACCUAUAGAAAUACUUCAAAGGAUCAUUGAUUUAAUUGAUGAUAGAGAUAUACUAUUGGCAUUAGCCACAAUUCCAGGUCUUAGAAAUAUCAGUUAUGAAAGAUUAUUUCCAAAAUUAGAUAUAUACAAUGACAAACCAAGUUAUGUUCAAGGUAAAUUCAGUUCAUUAUAUUUCAAAUCAAAAUUUCUUAAUUUCUUAGAUGACUAUGAUAACUAUAUUCCAAAUGAAAUAUUAGCAAAUGUAAAUACGUUAUACGAAUUAUAUAAAUUAAAAAAUAUAAAUUUUCAAAAUACAAAAGUUAGAUUAAUGGUUCAUCCUUAUCAUCUAGUUCAAGAUUUAGAAUUUUCAGUUAAAAAUUUUAAGAUAAGUUCAAUUAUAUCAACGCCUGAUUUUGUUUAUCCAAUUACUGGGAAACAGUAUAAUAGGAAUGAUUAUCCUUUCGCUCAAUUAGAAAAUGAAGAAUUUCUGGAAAAUUUUGACAUGAAAUAUGAUAACUUUUUUAAAAAAGAUAUACCACAUUCAUUACGUGAGUUGACUUUAGACGACAUCAAUGACUUAAAUUCAAUUAAAUAUCCUUUAUCUUUGAGAUCAUUAUCUUUAACAAAUUGUAAAAUAAGUGGAGAAACACUAGAUUUAAGUUCUCUUUUUCAAUUGAAGGAGUUAUAUUUAAAUGAGAUCAAUGACUUAAAUUCAAUUAAAUUACCUCUGGCAUUAAGAUCAUUAUCUUUAACAGAGUGUAAGAUAAGUGGAUUAAUAUUAGAUUUAAGUUAUCUUUAUCAAUUGAAGAAGUUAGAUUUAGGCGACGUCGAAGACUUAAAUUCAAUCAAAAUACCUUCAUCAUUAAUUUCAUUAUCUUUAUCAUUAUGUCGAAUAAGAGACGUAAUUUUAGAUUUAAGUUAUCUUUAUCAAUUGAAGAAUUUUGAUUCAGAUGGUAUAUAUCAAUAUGAUGGUCGUUCAUUAGAAAAUGUGAAACUACCACAUUCUUUAGAAUCAAUUUGUUUAAGAUACUUUAAUUUACAAAGUUUGAAUAUCUCAAGUGAUUACAAAAACUUGAAAAAUUUCGAACUCAUAGAAUGUGAUGGAUCAAUUUCAUUGUCAUAUACAAAAUUGCCUCCUGGUCUAGAAAUUUUGCAAAUUGAAUUUAGUAAUGAGGCUACAUUUGUGCUUCGCGAAGCAAACUUCUUAUAUGGCUUAAGUAGUGAAAUUCUUUUUCCUUCAACUUUGAAAAUUUUAAAAUUGACUGGAAUGGAAGAUAUUAUAGUGGGGUUGCAAUUGAAUUCACCUAAUUUGGAAGAACUUGAAAUUGAAGGAGCUUCGUUGUUCAAUCCACAAGGCUUGAUAAAUGAAAGCUUAAUCAAUUUGAAAAAAUUAACUGUCAUUCUUUGUGGUUCAACUAUGGAAUCUGUCAAAUUUCCAAAAAAUUUAGAAUACUUGAAUCUUCAAAAUAAUCGCAUAACUUCAUUAAUACAAUUUAAUUUAAAUAAUUUGAAUAAACUUAAACAUUUGAUUGUUAAGGGUAAUGAAAUAACUAGCAUCACUGAACAAAUAGCUCCAAAUUUGAAAAUACUUGAUAUAUCAGGUAAUCCAAUAAAACAACUUCAUCAACAAGAAAAUUUAAAACAAUUAAUUUUAAAUACUUCGAAAAUAGAUGAUAUUUUUAUCAAUAAUUUAGAAAGUUUUGAAUUAGAAAUCAAAGAUAAGGAUCAUGAUUACAAUUCAAUUCCUUAUUACGAAUUUGAUUCAUGUUAUUAUAUGAAAAAAUUAAUAUUACGUCUUAAAGUUGGUGAUAUAUCAAAUAUAAGUUUUCCUGGAUCAAUUAGAGUUCUUGAUAUCACUUGUCUUUCUUCAAGUUUGAAUAGAUGUAUGCACAUACAAAAAGAUCUUUAUAAUUUAUCAAAUUGUUAUAAUUUAAAAAGUUUUAAAUUAAAAAGUUGUAUUAUAGAACAUUUUAAUUUCAAUAAUUUACCAACAAGUUUAGAAAAUUUUGCAAUUAUUGAUUCUAAAUUAAAAUCAAUAGAUGGUUCUUUAAAAAAUUUGAAAAAUUUAAAAGUACUUGAUUUAAAAUCAAAUAGAAUUAAUAAUGAUGGACUUGAAAAUUGUUUAUUUUCAUCUCCAAAAAUUGAAAUUAUUGAUUUAAGUGGGAAUUUAAUUGAUAAUAUUGAUUGUAUAAGAAUCGAAGAUUGUCCAAAAUUAAUUGAAUUGAAUUUAAAAAUGGUAUUUUCGAUCAAAUUAUAUUUAAAUGAUGAAUAUGAAGAAAACUUGAAAUCAAAUUGUCCUAGAUUACAUGUAAUUGGAGCUUAUAAAAAAAAAGAUAAACAUCUUCAUUCUGUUCAUGGUAGUGUUUACUAG